CCAAUGAAAACUCGUGACCUCAGAGGGAGGGAGUGGAGUGACCACAGCGUUCAGCUCUACAACGUCGUCGCAGAAUACGUUAACACACGUGGUUUAUCUACCGGAAACAGGAACACUGUUUUUGCGAUGGUGCGGGGCCUGUGGGCGGUGCUCCGGAUGGUGUCCUGCGAGGGAGCAGCUGGUCUGAAAUCAAACGUACCUCGGCGAGCUGCUGCACCGUGGAAGAGACCUACCUGCUCCCCUACCACCGCCUGCUGCAGAGCCAUAUCCAGUGAGGUGAGACACCUACAGACCACGGUCAGAAUGCCUGAGAUAACCACCGAUCACCUGGACGAGAAGCAGGUCCAGCUGCUGGCUGAGAUGUGCAUCCUCAUUGAUGAGAACGACCACAAAAUUGGAGCGGACACCAAGAAAAACUGCCACCUCAACGCCAACAUCGACAAAGGUUUAUUACACAGAGCUUUCAGCGUCUUCAUUUUCAACAGUGAAGAGAAGCUGCUCUUACAACAGAGGUCGGACGCCAAAAUCACUUUUCCAGGCUGUUUCACAAACACAUGCUGCAGUCAUCCUCUGCACACAGACAGCGAGCUGGAGGAGAAGGAUGCAAUAGGAGUGAGGAGAGCUGCUCAGAGGAGACUUGAAGCUGAACUGGGUAUCCCCAUGGACCAGGUGACACCAGAUGAAAUGACUUACCUGACACGGAUCCACUACAAAGCCCAGUCAGAUGGCGUGUGGGGAGAACAUGAGAUUGACUACAUCCUCUUUAUGCAGAAGAAUGUGGAGUUGAAUCCGGAUCCCAACGAGAUUAAAAGCCACUGUUACGUGAGCAAGGAGGAGCUGAAGGAGAUGUUAGAGAAGGCCAAGCGCAAGGAGCUGGAGAUCACGCCCUGGUUCAGCCUCAUCGCAGAGACCUUCCUCUUCAAGUGGUGGGACAACCUGCAGAACCUCAAGCAGUUCAUGGAUCACAACAACAUCCACCGCAUGUAACCACAGCCAGGAUCAGGCUCUGCCUCCAGUCAUGUCAAACCUUUGGUUGUACUUGCCUGACACACAAAGCUGAGCUGCUAGAGACCCCUGACCCUCUGAUGUGCAAUAAGAACCAUCACUGGCUACUUCAGUCAAGGUAGCAGGAAGUGUACGACAUCUACACCUGAAGAGGAAGCAGAGGAUGUUUGUCUUUCUUAACAUAAGGGGUGAAUAGGUUCACAGUAGGUUUGUAGCUCUGAGGCGUAUUCGUCUACAUGAGGUGAUGCAUGUAGGGCUGGUAGACUGACUCUUAGUGGUAUUUAGAAAAAAAUGUAUGUCAGGUAAUCAAUUCUGAUUUGCUGCACACUCGAUUAACAGACUGAACAGAAGAUGUUUACCAUCUUAUUUUAUUAGGUUAGAACAAUGCAGCGUUACCACGGACACCUCCACGAAGAGAAUAGCCUAUUUUUAUAUGAUAUAUAUAAGUGCCUGAGUACAGGUCGUUAGGUUGAGAUGGAUGUCUCCAAGCACUGAUGUGAUUUCACAACAACAACCAUCACUCUGUAUAUUGUUGAUACUGGUGAAUAAGCUGUAUCUUUAUACCCUUUUACACAAUAAAGUGUUUGAUUGUGA